UAACAAAAUUUCAGGAAGCUAUUUUAUGUUAUUGACUAGCACCAGUCACAUUAUCUGAGCCACAAUGAACUAUCAGUGGAAAACGGUUAGCUUUUGGGCUACUGUCACCCUUGACAGUGCAUUGACAGAAAAUGGCUGAAAAACAUGGCUGUUAUGCAAUAAAAAACACUCCACAUUAUCCGAAUAAAGUGAGGUGAUGAAAGAAGCCUUGUACAAGAAAGAACGCUUUAAAUCAGACAUACUAGAUUAGGUGUGUAGGAAAUAAAACCUAAAGUAGGAGCCGUAGAUAGAUAGAUAGCGUAUAGUAGACGACAAGUAGCUAGUGUCUUCAGUUGAGGGUGGUAGUAAUGUAAGAUCUGUAGUGUUUAUUAGGCUAGCAAUAUCCUAGCUAGAACUCGACUUCAACCUAUUGGUCAGAACUAUUUUAACUUUGUUAAUGAUAAAUUAUGAAAUGUAUUUAUGAUCAAAAUACAACUUUUGUACCAGCCAAAAACUUACUUCAUAUAUCAUGAAAAUGUUAAUGCUUUAUUAGAUAUUUCGACUUAAGGUCUUCUUAAUACACCUAAUUACUGAAACAGAAUUAUGUGCUUUACAGUUUUAUCAGGAAGUGUACUAAGCUAGGGUAGCUAGCAUAAUCAUAAAUGUGUUUAUAAAAUCACGUUUUAUUUAGUUUACAGAUAUUAUUAACAUGGUUUAGAAUACGUUUUAUUGUGUAGGUGUUUGUAAUGUUUUAAAUUGUUUGGACAACAGUGGUCCAACUCUGCUAUGGCGAUUAUUAUGUCAUUCAACAUGUUUUAUUAAAGAGUAACGAAUAAAAUAAUUGUUAAAAUUAUUAAACCAUUUGCAUUGCUUAUUAAACUAUUCAAGUAGUCAAAUCACUCUGUGUUUCUGUCUUUGAAUAUUGUAUCAGCUGUUGCUUUCUUAACACCCGCCACUUCUUUAGCAGUUAUACCAGAAAGUCAAGCCAUGGGUCGAGGAAACGAGACCAAAGAGGAAACCCUGAAGAAGCUGUUCGUUGGUGGUUUGUCACGUGACACUACUGACGAUCAGUUCCGAGACUACUUCGCUCUGUUUGGAACUGUAACAGAUCACAUCGUCAUCAAGGAUGGUGAUGGUAUCUCAAAAGGGUUCGGAUUUGUUACAUUUGACUGUGAAGAUGGUGCAGAAAACGCUAUCCGAAGUAAAUCAGAUGGUCAUGCUAUCAACGGCAAGACCGUCGAGGUGAAGAGGGCUAUUCCUCGUGAUUCUGAGCCAGACCAACGGGAAAAGAACAAUAAGAUCUUUCUGGGAGGUUUGAAUAGAAGCACAUCUGAAGGUAAGAUCAAAUCGUACUUCGAGGACAACUUCGACUGUGUGGUGGAAUCGGUUGAUCUGAUUUACGAGAAACGGGACAUGCUCCAGCCUGGUCAGGAACCCAAACCAAGGGGAUUUGCGUUUGUCACUAUUAACGAUUACGACAAAGUAGACCAUCUGUGUGUCAUCAGAAAACACGAGAUUGACGGUAAGGAGGUUGAAGUGAAGAAAGCUGUGUCCAAACAAGGCGGUGGUGGCGGAGCCAGACGUGGUGGCGGUGGACGAGAUGGCGGUGGUGGACGAGGUGGCGGUUACAACCAAGGUGGCGGCUACAACCAAGGCGGCGGUUACCAAGGCGGUGGUGGAUACCAAGGCGGCGGUGGCUACCAAGGUGGUGGUGGUGGUGGUGGUGGUGGGUACCAACAAGGAGGCGGCUACCAAGGCGGUGGUGGAUACAAUCAGGGAGGCGGCUACGGCCAACAACAACAGGGUGGUUAUGGCGGCGGAUACGGUGACAACAGCGGCUACAGCCAGGGAGGUGCAGGUGGCUACGAUCAGAGUGCCGGCUACGGUCAGCAGCAGGGUAGCUAUGGAAGCGGCUAUCAGAACAGCAAUUACAGUGGACCAGACAAGAGUGCUCGAGGUGGUGCUAAGCCAAGUGGUAGGGGUGGUUACAAACCAUACUAGACACUAAAUUCCUCUUUAUUCGUGCUGUACAGACCAUUUUCCAAAAGAUUAAAACCUGUAUUUUUUACUUUUAACCAAACUUUUCCAUAUCUGAUUGACUAAUCUAAAUCGUGGCUUGAUUAUUGAGGACUGUCUGCUCAAAGACUUCUGUUGCCGAAAGACUAUUUAUUGUCUAUUUAUUUUUAUUGUAAAAUAUUGAAAACUUGAUUUGAAUAACUUUUCA